AACUCUCAUUCUCCUUGAUGUCAACACCAAGAGCCCUGUCAGGAUAAUCAGUGAGAAUUUCCUCUCCCUGCAGCUGGACCCCUCCAUCAUUCAUGAUGGCUGGCUCGAUUUCUUAAGGUAAGGCAGGAGCCCCCCGGCGCCCUCCCCACGCCGCCCGCGGGGCGCCCCGGCGGCCCCGCCGCCCAGCCCUGCCGGGCUCCGCGCUGCUGGCGGCGCUUGUUGUGACGGAGGGAGCGAGGCCAUGGUUUCCAUUAAGAUGCACAUGUUUGCAAUGGAGAAAGCAUUUCGGAGACUUAUCAGUUAUGACUGCAAAAAUGUCGUGCUCCCCUCGCUCCAGCAACCGCUCCUCUGCAAAAAGCACAACACGGGGCCGAGGCAGCACAGGGUGGGGGGAAAAAAAAUCAAAAUGGAACAAAAAACAGCAGCAGGAACGGGGCCGCCUGCCGAGCCGAGCCGAGCCUUCCCCGGGUCCCGACGGGCAGAGAGCGGGUGUCGGCCAGGUCUUCUGAGCCCUCCGCUCCCCGGACUUCCAGCCCUGCGCGGGGGCAGAGCCGGGCUGCAGCUGCGCUGGGUCCCACCGGCGGUGCGGAGCGGCCGCGGCCUGGAGGCGCCGGGACGGCCAGAAAGCCUUCUGCCCGCUGGGUGAGUCGGGGAGGGAGAGCGGGUCUCCUCCGCACGCCCGCUCCGAGGGUUCUUUCGGCAGCCGGGCGUGGAUGCGGGAAGGCGCGAGAGAAGCGGAGCCGGGACGGUUCCCGCUUUUCUCCCCUCCCCGCUCCUCUCCCUCCCGCCGGCUCGGCCCAUGGCGCGGUCCCGGGUGGCGCUGAGCGCCUCUGCCUCCUGGACGCCGCUGCACUUGUCCGGAGGGCGCCGGCAGGACGGGGGGGAGCCGGGCCCUCCGGCCUCCGGGCCGCCACCGGCGGGCGGGGCGGCUCCCCGCUCCGGGCCGCGCCGCUCGGCCCGCGCAGAGCCCCGCAGCGCUGCUCCCGCACCGCACUGCCCCGGGCGGGGCAGCGGCGGGUCCCCGAGCCCCGUGGUCCCCGGUCGCUGGCGGUACUGGGGAAGCGAGGGCCCGGCCCGCGGCUUCCUCAGCCCUCUCUCCUCUCCCCAGCUCCCGGCGGCUGGUGACCCUGGCGCGGGGCCUGGCCCCCGCCUUCCUGCGCUUCGCGGGCAAGAGGACGGACUUUCUGCAGUUCCACAACGUGAAGAACCCGGCCAAGAGCCGCGGCGGGCCCGGCCCCGACUACUACCUCAAGAACUACGAGGACGGUCUCUAGACAAACUCUAUAACUUUGCUGACUGCUCUGGCCUUCACCUGAUCUUUGCACUGAAUGCUUUGCGCCGAAAUCCCAACAACUCCUGGAACAGCUCCAAUGCCCUCAGCCUGCUGAAGUACAGUGCCAGCAAGAAGUACAACAUCUCCUGGGAGCUGGGCAAUGAGCCCAAUAACUAUCGGACACUGAUCGGCCGCUCAGUGAAUGGCAGCCAGCUGGGAAAGGACUACACUCAAUUGAGAAGCCUGCUGCAGCUUAUCCGCACUUAUUCCAGAGCACACCUCUAUGGGCCAAACAUUGGAAGGCCCAGAAAGAAUGUCGUUGCUUUUCUGGAAGGGUUCAUGAAAGUGGCCGGCGGCACGGUGGAUGCUGUUACCUGGCAACAUUACUACAUUGAUGGUCGAGUGGCCAAAGUGACAGACUUCCUGAAAACACGGCUGCUAGACACACUGUCAGACCAGAUCAGGAAAAUCCAGAAGGUAGUGAACACGUACACACCAGGGAAGAAGAUCUGGCUGGAAGGUGUUGGCAUGACCUCAGCUGGAGGCAUGAACAACCUCUCUGAUUCGUACGCAGCCGGGUUCCUGUGGCUGAACACGCUGGGCUUGCUGGCCAGCCAGGGCAUCGACGUGGUGGUGCGCCAUUCCUUCCUCGACCACGGCCACAACCACUUGGUGGACCAGAACUUCAACCCCUUGCCGGACUACUGGCUGUCCCUGCUUUACAAGCGCCUCAUUGGUCCCAAGGUGCUGGCGAUCCACGUGGCCGGUCUCCAGAGGAAGCCCCGGCCCGGCAGGGUCAUUCGCGACAAGCUCCGGAUUUAUGCCCACUGCACCAGCUACCACAAUCACAACUAUGUCCGGGGAUCCAUCACCCUUUACAUCAUCAACCUGCAUCGCUCCCGGAAGAAAAUCAAGCUGGCAGGGACGCUGCGGGAUAAGAUUGUCCACCAGUACCUGCUGCAGCCCUAUGGCAAGGACGGGCUCCACUCCAAGUCGGUCCAGCUCAACGGGCAGCCGCUGGCCAUGGUGGAUGACGGGACUCUCCCCGAGCUGAAGCCGCGCCCGCUGCGGGCCGGCCGCACCCUCGUCAUCCCCCCGCUGACUAUGAGCUUCUACGUGGUGAAGAAUGUGAACGCGCUGGCCUGUCGGUACCGAUAGCCUGGGGCCCACAAUGGACUGGCCAGCCCCGCUCCUGCCCCUGUGCACUGCCCAGGUCACGCUGCCUCCUUGGCAGCCCACGCAGCCUCGUCGUGGGGCCGUGUUGGGCAGCUCCACGCCAUGCCCUCAUCCUCACCCCCAGGAUGUCCUCCACCUUGGGACCACCCUGCCCUGUGACCGCAGAGCUCCACAUGCCUGGCCACCAUCCCGCCAGAGCAGUGCCACAGCCGAUUUGCAGGGCCUGCCAUCCUCCGUCCUGUGAGCUGCGAGGACCCGGGCCCUGGUGCCC